CACUCCCCCAUCUUAUUGGCGAGGACACAUUUCACGUUAUCGGACUGUGUCGUGUUUGGUCAGAGGAGUCCAGCUCUGCUGCGUUGCCGGGCUCUUGCCCCUUCUUGGAAGUUGCUGCGGCCGGGCGCGAGCUGCUGGGACUUCGCCCCCUGCAACCCAGAAGGAGAAAGAAAAUGCCAGACAAAGAAUUUUUCACCGAGUAUGGUGAGGCAAGUCAGUACAAAAUCCAAGAGGUGAUAGGUAAAGGAAGCUAUGGAAUUGUUGCUUCGGCUAUUGAUACCCAUACUGGAGAAAUGGUGGCAAUCAAGAAGAUUAAUGAUGUGUUUGAGCAUGUUUCUGAUGCUAUGCGAAUCCUUCGAGAAAUCAAGUUGCUUCGCCUCCUGAGACACCCUGACAUUGUAGAGAUAAAACACAUAAUGCUUCCUCCAUGUAGAAGGGAGUUCAAGGAUAUUUAUGUGGUCUUUGAAUUGAUGGAGUCAGACCUCCACGAAGUGAUAAAGGCGAAUGAUGAUCUAAGUCCUGGACAUCACAAAUUUUUCUUGUACCAGCUUCUCCGAGCCCUAAAAUAUAUACAUUCAGCAAAUGUUUUCCACCGUGACUUAAAGCCGAAAAACAUUCUUGCUAACUCAGAUUGCAAACUUAAGAUUUGUGACUUUGGGCUCGCUCGAGCUCAGUUCAAUGAAGGAGCAACUCCUAUUUUCUGGACUGAUUAUGUGGCAACUCGAUGGUAUCGUGCUCCUGAACUCUGUGGCUCAUUCUUCUCCAAGUACACACCUGCUGUGGAUAUUUGGAGUAUAGGAUGCAUAUUUGCUGAAAUGCUUACAGGCAAGCCCUUAUUUCCUGGGAAGAACGUUGUACAUCAGCUUGACCUCAUCACUGAUUUGCUUGGAACCCCAUCUGCUGAAUCAGUUGCAAGGAUACGGAACGAAAAGGCUAGAAGAUAUUUAUGUAGCAUGAGACAAAAGUCACCAGUUCCUUUCUCAAAGAAGUUUCCAAAUGCUGAUCCAUUGGCUCUUCGCUUGCUUGAAAGGCUGCUUGAAUUUGAUCCUCGGUACCGAAUUACAGCUGAAGAGGCCUUAGCUCAUCCUUACUUCCGUGGGUUGGCAAAUGUGGAUUCUGAACCAUCAAUGAAACCGAUCUCUAAGUUUGAAUUUGCAUUUGAGAGAAGGAAACUGACUAAAGAUGAUGUGAGAGAACUAAUUUACAGAGAGAUUUUGGAGUAUCACCCGCAGAUGUUGAGGGAGUAUCUUCAAGGUGCUGAUCUCAGUAGUUUCAUGUAUCCAAGUGGACUAGAUCAAUUCAAGCAACAAUUUGCUAGUCUCGAGGAGAACCCUUCUCCAAAAGAGCGAAGAGGCACUUCACUGCUGAGAAAAUAUGCUUCCUUACCCAGGGAAAGGGUAUAUAAAUCCAUAGAAGAGACCAUGGAAGAUAAUAGCGACUCUGGACGUACUACUUCCGUGCGUCGCGCUGCCUGUCAGAGCCCGCCGAGCUCACAAGGCAUCGACAAGAUCAGGGAAUCUGCUCUCAGGAGGGCAUUUAGCAGCCAGACUGCUCCCAAGACGCCCAGCUGUAGCGUCCAUUACCUGUCGAGAAAUUCCAGUAUCGUCCUUACAAGUGCCGAGGUGUGAAGAGGAGGAAAUCCCAUGAGAUGAACCAGAACGAAAGAAGCUACUUUUCCAUGGGAUUGAGAGCUUCACAGAGGGUUUUAUACCUACAACACGGUUCCUAGUUGGUUAGAUGUCGUGACAUAUUUGUAUGGGGCAAAACCAUGCGUAGUUUUAUUCAUGUAAGAAGCUGCUGCUACCGUUUUUCUUUAGCAUACAGCCAUUGCUAAUUCCCCUUCGUAGUUAUAUCUUGACAUGGAAAUGGCUGAAAAUGUCAUUGUUUGUUUGAACUGUUAAAUCACCAGCCUAUUCCUCAACGGGAUAGGAGUUCUACUUAUCUUGUCUGGCUGCUAAUUACUGCCUAGCUUCACAUUGUAAGACCAUAUUUGGUAGGAAUGCAAUUGAAUAAGUCGGUCUCAUUACGCA